GUAAGUUAGUGCAGAGCUUCCCCGGCUCCUGAGCAGCCACACUGAGCGGCACUCACACUCAUAGCAGGUACCAUAACCACACGCAACCAUGUCCAGCAAGAAAACCAAAGCAAAGACCAGCAAGAAGCGUCCACAGAGGGCGACUUCCAAUGUGUUCGCUAUGUUCGACCAGUCCCAGAUACAGGAGUUUAAGGAAGCCUUCAACAUGAUUGACCAGAAUCGAGAUGGCUUUAUUGACAAGGAAGAUCUACAUGAUAUGCUGGCCUCUAUGGGUAAAAACCCCACUGAUGAAUAUCUGGAAGGAAUGAUGAGCGAAGCCCCAGGACCCAUCAACUUCACUAUGUUCCUAACAAUGUUUGGAGAGAAACUGAACGGCACAGACCCCGAGGAUGUCAUCAGGAACGCCUUUGCCUGCUUUGAUGAGGAGGCGUCAGGAUUUAUCAAUGAAGACCACUUGCGAGAGCUCCUCACUACGAUGGGAGACCGCUUCACAGACGAGGAGGUGGAUGAGAUGUAUAGAGAGGCCCCAAUUGACAAGAAAGGCAACUUCAACUAUGUGGAAUUUACCCGUAUCCUGAAACACGGGGCCAAGGAAAAAGACGACUAGAGUUACGACAAGACACCGAUGCCUUGUGGCCCUAAAUGAAGGAGAUGCUGUGCAAGCAAUGGGCAGCGCUUAUGUCUCCCAGUGUGUAAUUAUUUUAUAUGAGAAGCCUCCCCAUGCAAAGUCAACCGUGGCAGCGGCCAUAUUUAAAAUCCUCCACAAAAAAAUGACUGUAAUGCGCCUACUCUUCACCCCUGUCACCUUAGCCGUUCCAAUGGGAAGACAUCAUAUUAAUAUAUAAAUAAAUCAAUUUAUUCGUGA